ACCCGAGUCUUGACUAUUAACACGGUAUCUUCUUGGUUCCUCAAAAUCUUAGCUUGUACAAGGCCAGGCGUGGGAAGGGCGGCUGUCGAUUCUAUCAUCUGCAUUCUAUUUACUUUCUUUAAGCCCAGGAUUGCAGCACCGUCGACACGUUAUGUACUCUUCGUUUCGCCGUCGUAUAUCUGCCGCCUUGUUACCCAGGAAGGUCGUAACAUAUGGCAUUGCUGCUAGUAGGAAUGCUGCUGAAUCGCAUAGGCCCGUGCACCGCCAAUUUGGCACGCUGUUGACAUCCUCACAAGGCUCUGUCCGCCUGCGGCAACGGUAUGCAUCCCAAACCCCUGCCGCCUUGCGUAACCUCCACAUCCGCGCUAUUUCAUACUCUUCUAUACCUCGAUUUGUUGCCCGAGCAUUUCGUGUACCCAUAGCUGGUGCAGCUCUUGGCGCUGGCGGGCUUGGUUACGCCAAUUACAAGUUUGAAGAACUGCGCAAUCAGUCGACUGCUUGGCUAUCGUCUGUCCAAGAUACAGCCACAGAUUUUAUAGACUCGGCUUCGGACAGCAUCAAGUCGGUCGCGUCUCGUGUGUCUGCGGUCCAAUUACCAGACAUCGAAACGCCUCAGUUUCUCAAAGAUCUCUUCGCAUCUGUGGAGAACGGUGAUAAGUCGCGAGAAGAUGAUUCACAGGGGGACUCCUCGAACCGACGACUGCCGGAAGAGAAUGCCGCUAUAGCAGCUCUCAUUGCUGCAACCAUGUCUUCCCCGUCAGAUUCAAGGGCAUCUAAUGAGGCCGACGGAAAUGUCGAUUCAAGACAGAAUCAGCUAAUGCAUCUUACGAGGAAGCUUAUUGAGAUCAGAAGCAUGUUGCUAAGCAUUGACCAGAGCGAUGCGCUGAAGCUCCCAAGCAUUGUCGUCAUUGGCAGCCAGAGCUCAGGAAAGAGCUCAGUGCUAGAAGCCAUUGUGGGGCACGAGUUUUUGCCAAAAGGCAACAACAUGGUCACUCGCCGUCCUAUAGAACUCACUCUAGUCCAUACACCUGCCAAGGCUGAUGGCAGGACUCCCGAAGAAUAUGGCGAAUUCCCAGCUCUUGGGCUGGGGAAGAUCACCAACUUCGCCCAUAUUCAGCAAACCCUGACUGACCUCAACCUUGCCGUCCCCUCUUCCGAAGCUGUCUCUAAUGACGCUAUUGACCUCCGCAUCUACAGUCCCAACGUUCCUGACCUCACCCUUAUCGAUCUACCUGGCUACGUACAGAUCUCAUCCAUGGACCAGCCAGAAACACUUAAGGAAAAGAUCGCAGGUCUAUGUGAGCGGUACAUCCGGGAGCCCAAUAUCAUCCUCGCAGUCUGCGCGGCCGACGUAGAUUUGGCAAAUUCUCCUGCCUUACGAGCGAGCCGAAAGGUUGACCCCUUGGGCUUGCGGACAAUUGGCGUUAUCACGAAGAUGGAUUUGGUGCCACCUGAACAGGGUGCGACGAUCCUUGCAGGGAACCGCUACCCCUUGCACCUAGGAUAUGUGGGGGUCGUUGCCAAAUCAGCAGGGAAGACAUCCUCGUCGCAGUCCGCAGGCGCCGUUGCGAAACGGAGCGAGAAUGACUACUUUGGCAGCCACCGUGAUUACUUUGGCGCUCCAUCCUCGCUAAUGGUCGGCACUGAUACUCUCCGGCGGCGUCUGAUGGAAGUGCUCGAAUCUUCCAUGGCGUCUUCGCUGCACGGGAUCACCAAUGCGGUGCAGCUCGAGCUCGAAGAGGCUACCUACCAGUUCAAAGUACAAUACAACGACCGGCGCAUCACAGCCGAAUCGUACGUUGCCGAAACGGUGGACACGCUAAAAUCUCGAUUCAAAGACUUCACCACGCAGUUCCGGAAGCCGCAAGUGCGUGAGAAGCUAAAGAUGAUGCUGGACGAGAAGGUGAUGGAUGUGCUGGAACAACUGUAUUGGCUGGACAAGCGGACGCCGGAGCUCGGUGCGCUUGCCGUGGACUCGAAGGUGAAGCCUCAGGAUGUGGAUCCAUAUUGGCGACAUAAGCUUGAGGCGGCAUCUUCUUUACUCACGAAAUCUGGUGUUGGCCGUGAUUCCACUCUUCUCGUUGCUGAUGGUCUGCGUGCUCUUAUUGAUUCGAUUGUGUCCGGAGACCCUUUCACAUACCAUCCUCGAGCAGCUGAAAGACUGGUGCAGUUCUCACAUAUGAUAUUGCGGGAGCGCAUUGGCGUGACGUCGGACCAGGUUGAGAACUGCAUUAAGCCAUUCAAGUACGAGGUAGACGUUGAUGAACGGGAGUGGGAGCAGGGACGUGGGCGCGCAGCGGAGCUAUUUCAGAUGGAGAUAACGAUGUGCGAGAGCAAGCUGAAGGAAAUCAAAAAGAAGGUUGGUGGGGGUCGAAGGCUCAGUAGCCUCUUGGGAUAUGUCCGGGGCUUGGAGGAGCAGGCAAGAGAGAGGAAAAACAGACGGUUGGCAGGAGAAGAAGAUGCACAAGAGGAGCCCGAGCCUGAGUCGUAUCGGUAUCCUCCAGGGCAGAUUCUUGAUGCUCGACAUGCUAUGUUGUACAGUGAUAGGCUGUCCAUUCUUAAGCUUCGCCUGAUCGCGCUCAAGUCAAAGCGGUGUAAAGCAGGCCCCGAGAGCGAUGUGCUGUGUCCUGAAGUCUUCCUGAAUGUGGUCGCCGACAAGCUUGCGUAUACCUCCACGAUGUUCAUCAACAUCGAAUUGUUGGACCACUUCUUCGACCAGCUCCCCCGAGGGAUUGAUUCACGUCUAAUAUACGACCUCGACCGCAAGGAGAUUGAGGAAUUUGCUAGAGAGAACCCUGUUGUCAAGCGCCACCUCGACUUACAAGAGCGUAAGGACAAACUCGAGGAAGUUAUGAAACAACUAAAUAGCUUGUCGACUCUUCGGACAGAUACUCAACCCGCGCCACGUCGACAACGUGGGCUUUUUGGAGGGAUGUUCUGAGCUCAACAUUCAGACCUUCCACUUUCCUAGCUUGUAUGGAUAUGUUCAUAUAUGUAAUAAUCACCACUCCACAUCUACACAUUGCAACGCGGAAGGAUGGUACUCAUUGCCCAAAGCACAAGCACAAGCGGUAGACACAACUCUACAGUUUUGCCUUGUCCUUGGCCAUCUAGGGAACAAGUCAGUUGUAGCUUUAAUUACAGCAAUAUAAUUGUUCACCUGAAGAACGGCGGCGAGUUUUG